GUUUGUUCAGCUUCGGCAUUGUCACGCCCGUCACCGGUCAGUGUUUGGGACAAGAUUGGGCGGUGCACCACAACACAACCCACCGCAGUACUUCAAACCGCCCUCAAUCAUUUGGAAGACUCUUCGUCUGUUUAAAAACGAACUUCUUAGCCGCAUCAGGACAAUCCACGAGCCUGAUAAUAGCCCUGUCAUCACUGCAAGAUGAAAGGGUUCACCAAAGCCAUCAAGCGAACACCUCACCUUGUCACAUCUAAAGUCGGCUUCGCGAAGAAGUCUUCUGAUCCCGAAUUCGACGACUAUAAUCGCCAUUUCAUCAGCCUCGAGCAAGCCACAGAGAAGUUGCUUAAAGAUACCAGGGCAUUCUCGGAAUCUGUUAUAUCCCUCUUCACUUCUUCUGCGGGUUUCGCCAACCAUUUCAAUUUUAUAUUCUCUCCGUUGGCUGCCGAGUAUAACUUGCAAGGCAAGCAUCCCUCCUGCGAGGCAACCAUCACAAACACUCCUCCGUACUCAACUGCUCUCGACGAACUUCGUUCUGCGAUCUCUCCUGAACUCGAGCUCAUCGAGUCACGAAUUGUUGCGCCUGUGAAAGAGUUCCAGGGUGUCCUCAAGCUGAUCAGGAAGAGCAUCACUAAACGCGAUCAUAAGCUGGUGGAUUAUGAUCGGUUCAAUAAUUCACUUACUAAAUUGAGGGACAAGAAAGAGAAGAGUUUAAGUGAUGAGAAGAAUUUGUUCAAGCUUGAGCAAGACUUCGAGAUUGCCACAAAUGAGUAUGAUUACAUUAACAACGCGCUCAAGACAGAUCUCCCGCGGUUCAUGCAACUUGCAACUCAUUUCAUCGACCCUCUUUUUCAUUCAUUCUAUUAUAUGCAGCUUAACGUUUAUUAUCUUUUCCUUGAGAAAAUGAAUUCAUUCGCGGAGGGUCGAUACGACGUUACCAACGCCCCUGGUGCUCAAAUCCAGGCUGACUAUGAAGAAAAGCGAACAGAUGCAUGGAGUCAAAUUGAGGAUCUCGGCGUCACCAAGCGCAUUAUAUCGACCUCGAAAUUUGUGCAAGCUAAUCGCACCACUGGCGGCAAUUCGUUGACUGUUAGCUCUUCCAUCGGUCGCUCACCCAGCGUCACAAGUGCUGGCAGUGGGAGCAGCCGCUCAAUGCCACCAUCCCGAGCAGCGCCUACAUCUUCCUUUAUCAAGAAGGCUCCGCCACCGCCGCCAGGCCAGACACCUGCACCUCCUCCCCCGUACACUGCCGCUUCAAAUGAUGUGGGAGCUACAAGUACAGCUGCAACAAAGAGGCCGCCUCCACCUCCACCGCUGAAACCCAAACCAAAGCCAGAGCCAGCAGUAGAGUAUGUUACAGCCUUGUAUGAUUUCGAUGCCCAGGCUGAAGGAGAUCUUUCUUUUAAAACCGGUGACCGCAUCGAAAUUGUGACCAAGACAGAGAGUCAAGAAGAUUGGUGGACAGGUCGUCUUAAUGGCGACCAAGGUGUAUUCCCAGGCAACUACGUACAGUGAUGUGAAGACAGAUAUUUGACAGUUGAGUAUUAAUUGAGUAGUAGCUUACAUUUUUGGGACAUUUCUGCUAGGGACAGCCGCGUCAGGCAUCUUGCCUAUUGUCGCACAGUCAAAGGGGCGUCACGGAUUACAUGAGACCUUGAUGAGACCUACCGUCUGCUUUGUACUGACGGUCUUUCCCGUUACCGUAGGUUACCCCUUGACUGCAUUUCUGGCAGGGUCUUAUCCUUUAAGCAACCGGGCUCCAGUCAAUCGUUGCUCCGAUUUUCAAGGAGAUAUUUCUGGCUUGCUAGAUGGGCUGCAUUGCCAAGAAUGCUCUCACCUGCUGAUCCAACGUGUCACAUGCGGAAGGAACUUGAACAUUACAACUGCAUUAAUGGCGAGAUUCAGAGACUGCACAUACAAACUAAGGGUUCGGUUGCGAACUUCUGACCUUAUUCGAUAUGCAAUUGGCCGGUGCUUUG